CAUGGGAAGGGUGCUCCUGAGGAUAGUAAGAAGUCAGAGAGGGAGUUCCAGAGCAUGCAGAGAGAGAGGGAGAGGGAGAGAGCACUGAUGAAGUUUCAGAACCAGAGCUGAGCCCCAAAACGGGUGGGUAUGACUUCCAGCCCUGAGAAGGACACAAGAGGAGCAGAAGCUGCGGCCAGGAAGUGUUUAACCUCAAAACCCACGAGUUUUCAGCUGCCUGCAGCUUGGAAAGCCUCAAAAUGCCGUGACAGCAAACUCCUGACAGAUGCAAAUGACAUAAUGGCACGACCCUGGAUCGCAAGGGGAACAGCCAGUCAAUGGCGACAGUGCCGGCGAGGCAGCCAUGUCCAAGGCUCUGACCAAAGGCAGGAGGAGGGCUCAGGAGAACUUCUAUCAGAAUUCCAUGAAUAUUGAAGACCAUGACAUUUCUCAAAAGAAAUCUGCUUGUGCCUCAUCUCACGCCAAAACCAUCUCCAUCGUGCUCUUCCUGGUUCUCCUGGUUCUCCUCCUGGCCAUCUUUUCUGCCGUGGUGGUCAUUCUGUGGUCGGUGCUCUCGUCUGCCCAGCUGCUGGAAGCCCUCAGUGAGGGACUGUCUUUGUCCGAGUCCCACCUGAAGAACACCAGUGGGACUGCCGAAGAACGCUACCGGGAUGUCCAGAGAGUGAUCUCUGCCGGUUGGCAGUUUUUCGACGGGAGCUUCUACUUUUUCUCCCAGGCAGCCAAGUCCUGGGAGGACGCGGAGGAGUCCUGCACAGAGUACAGGGCACACCUGGCCUCUGUCACCUCCCAGAGAGAGAUGGAAUAUCUUCUCAAAGAGACUGGUGGGAAGAAGUUUUGGAUUGGGCUCACAGACAAGGAGGAAGAAGGCACCUGGGUUUGGACAGAUGGCACCAUAUAUAACCAGACAAACAGUUUCUGGUCAUCAGGACAACCUGACAACUGGGAUCAAGCACCGCAGCAGCAGGAAGACUGUGUCCACUUCCAAACCGGAGUGUUGAAGUCAUGGAAUGACAACAGCUGCCUGCAUAAAUUUAAAUGGAUCUGCAAGGCCGUCUUCACCUGAGAAGAAGAAUAUCAGCAGCCGCACCAGCCAGAGGGGUGAUCCAGCCCCACAUUCUUCCUCCAACGAUGGCAGAGAUCUCGGGAACUCAGAAGCAGUUCCUAAUCUAUCAAACUUUUUCUGUUGCUGUUUUACUUGGGUGCCUGCAGCCUGCAGGACUUUCGCCCACUGCUCCGUCUGCUAUGAAAUCUCUCCUUGAUUGCUUGACUCCUGCAGGGUUGAGGACACCCGAGAAGAGUGUGGGGGCUCUGGUGAGGUCAUGCUUUCCUUGGGAGCGGCCACCCCGCUGCUUCCCCCACUAAGCUUCUCUUGCUCUGUGUUCAUUUCCUGGCUCUGCUGUUCUUCCCAGCAGCCCCAUCCACCGGGGGCUGACCCGGAACAUUUGUCAUUUACGACAUCCUUAUUAAAACUGCGAUGGCUGCAACCUUCUCCUCCCAUAAAGGCCACUGUCCAUGAGCGCAAAGUGAGAGGAAACGGGUGCAAAAGAGCUAAUGGCCUGGCAGAGGCUGCUAGAGGAUGGGGAGACAUUUAUUCACUGCGAGACGGUGCAGCACCCAAGUGCCCAAACUCUCUGGGCCAUUUACAGCAGGUCCUCCUCCUCCUAGUUCUCAGCUGGGACAUCCCUUGCAGCUGGACCUUGUAGUAGCCCCUUCCUCCUGAGUAGACCCCUCAUGACAGACUUCAGCCAGCCAAAGGGUGCCCCUACACCACCUUUCUGCUUCCCUGAUUGGGGGCCCCUGGCAAGGCAUCCCCAAGAUUUGACUUUUAAGGCAGCUUCUGGCCGAGUGCACAUUCCUUUACGGAGUCCUGAGCUGCUUCCGCUAAAGGAGUUCCUGGAUCAGGCAGGGCCCAGGCAGCCCUCCCCAAGCAACCAGGUUUCUUGAGAAGAACGUAAACAGUCUCUCCGGGACUGGCAAAAGCAGGCUGUUCGUUACCUUUCUCCUGGAACGCAGCCGACUCCUUGCAUGCAACACACUCAAAACGAGUCCGUGAUCUGGCUGCCUGGGAAAAGCUUCUGGGGAACUGUAAGGGAAAACCACCAUGUAGACAUGGAAUAAUCCAGUGAAGUUGCGGCAACCCAGCUUCAGGCUGGA